AUGUGUUCCGAUUGUAGACCUAUCAAUGCUAUCACCGUUUGCUAUAGGUACCCCAUUCCAUGCCUUGAUGAUAUGCUAGAUGAACUUAGCGGUGCCACUAUUUUUUCAAAAAUUGAUCUUAAAAGUGGUUACUAUCAAAUACGCAUACAAGAGGGUGAUGAAUGGAAAACCGCUUUCAAAACAAAGUUUGGUUUGUAUGAGUGGUUAGUCAUGCCUAUGGGAUUAUCGGAAGCACCCGAUACUUUCAUGCGUCUUAUGCAUUAUGUGUUUCGCCCUUAUAUUGGUGAAUUUGUUGUCGUCUACUUUGAUGAUAUCCUUGUGUUUAGCAAAUCUCUCAAAGAGCAUGUCACCCACCUUCGAACCGUCCUACAAACUCUUUGA